AUGUCUGUCAAUCUUCCAGCCGACCAUGUCGAGGUCGCUGCGCUCCGUGACCGCGUUAAGCAUAUCUCGGAAGAGAAUAAAUUCGUAAACAACGAAAACGACUAUCUUCAGGAAAGUAAUGGCGGGCUUGCUAUACAAAAUAACAAGCUUAAGAAGACUCUUGCUCUUACCGAGGAGCGACUGCAGCGUAUCACAGACUUUUGGCGCUCUGCAGAAGAGGGAUUGACGAAGCAAAUCGCCAUCAACGAAGACCUCACCAAACAACUCGAGGCAUAA